CUUCCUCGGCCCAGGCACCGGCGCCUGCGGGGACCCGUACGCGCCCGCCGCGGGGCACACUGGGACUUGUAGUCUUGGCUGCGCGUCCCUCGCGACUCCUCUUUCCCGCCGCAUCCUUGGCUCCUGACUUUCGCCUCUGGGGACCCAGCCAGGCUUUCCCGAGGACACCAUGAAGCAGCUGCCAGUCUUGGAGCCUGGAGACAAGCCCCAGAAAGCAACAUGGUACACCUUGAGCCCCUCUGGAGACAGCCCCUCUGCCCGGGUUGGCCACAGCUGCUCAUACUUACCCGCAGUUGGGGAUGCCAAGAGAGGGAAGGUCUUCAUUGUUGGGGGAGCAGACCCGCUCAGGAGCUUCUCAGAGGUGCACAGCCUGGAUCUGGGAACACACCAGUGGGAUCUGGCCUCUGCAGAGGGACUCCUACCCCGCUAUGAACAUGCCAGCUUCAUUCCCUCCUGCACACCGGGCCAUAUCUGGGUGUUUGGAGGUGCCGACCAGUCAGGAAAUAGAAACUGCCUGCAAGUCCUCAAUCCUGAAACCAGGGCUUGGACCGUGCCAGAGGUGUCCAGCCCCCCACCAUCCCCGAGAACAUUCCACACCUCUUCAGCAGCUAUUGGAAACCAGCUGUUUGUCUUUGGGGGCGGAGAGAGAGGCGCCCAGCCCGUGCAGGAUGAGAAGCUGCAUGUGUUUGACGCAAGUACUCUGACCUGGUCACAGCCAGAGACACUUGGAAACCCUCCUGCCCACAGGCACGGCCACGUGAUGGUGGCAGCUGGGACAAAGCUCUUCAUCCACGGUGGCUUGUCAGGGGACAGAUUCUAUGAUGAUCUCCACUGCAUUGAUAUAAGGGACAUGAAGUGGCAGAGGCUGAAUCCCACCGGGGCAGUGCCCACAGGCUGUGCUGCCCACUCGGCAGUGACUGUGGGGACUCACCUGUACAUCUUUGGAGGAAUGACUCCCACUGGAGCACUGGACACACUGUACCAGUAUCACAUCGAAAAGCAGCACUGGACCUUGCUUAGAUUUGAUACUUUGCUACCUGCUGGACGCCUAGACCAUUCGAUGUGUAUCAUUCCCUGGCCAGUGAUGUCUGCUGCAGAGAAAAAAACUACAAAUUCUGUCUCUUUAAAUGGUGAUGCUAAGACGGGGAAUCCCACUGACCAAGGAACAAGCGAAGGUGAUGAGAGCCAGGAGAGCCAGAAGAGCCAGAAUGACACACUGCUCUGUUUUGUAUUUGGUGGGAUGAAUACAGAAGGGGAAAUCUACGAUGAUUGUAUUGUGACUAUUGUGGACUAA